GUAUUGUGGUUAUACAGGGAGUGGCUGUACCUGCUGUGCCAUGAGAUGUUGAACCCGUACUACGGCCUGUUCCAGUACUCAACAGACAACAUUUACACACUACAGAUCAACCCUGACUCCUCUAUCAACCCUGACCACCUGUCGUAUUUCCACUUUGUGGGUCGUGUGAUGGGCCUGGCAGUGUUCCACAGUCACUAUAUCAACGGAGGCUUCACCCUGCCCUUCUACAAGCAGCUGCUGGGCAAACCUAUUAUGCUACAAGACCUGGAGACCACUGAUCCUGAACUUCACAAGAGUCUGGUCUGGAUACUGGAGAAUGACAUCUCGUCGGUUCUAGAUCAUACGUUCUGCGUGGAACACAGUGCCUUCGGGAAGUUCCUUCAACACGAGCUGAAACCCAACGGUCAGAACCUCCCGGUAACCGAGGACAACAAGAAGGAGUACGUGAAGCUUUACGUUACCUGGAGGUUUAUGAGGGGGAUCGAGGCUCAGUUCUUAGCUCUGCAGAAAGGAUUCAGCCAACUGAUUCCUCAACACCUCCUCAAACCAUUUGACCACAAGGAGCUGGAGUUGAUAAUCGGAGGCCUGGGGAAGAUAGACCUAGCAGAUUGGAAGUCUAACACCCGUUUGAAGCACUGUGCUGUAGACAGUAAUGUGGUUUGCUGGUUCUGGGAGGCUGUAGAGAGCUUCACUGAGGAGAGGAGAGGACGACUACUGCAGUUUGUUACCGGUUCUACCAGAGUUCCACUACAGGGAUUCAAGGCACUACAGGGUUCAGCAGGCCCAAGGCUGUUCACCAUCCAUCUGAUAGAGGCCAACACAGACAACCUACCCAAGGCACACACAUGGUAAGAACCUUUAACACCCUUUAACACCCACGCUGCCCACGGU